AUGGAACCAGAGAAUGACACAAAAAUUUCAGAAUUCCUCCUUCUGGGAAUUUCAGAGGCCCCCAGCUUGCAACUCUUCCUUUUUGGAGUUUUCCUGUUCAUGUACCUUAUCACUGUGUUUGGGAACCUGCUCAUCAUCCUAGCCACAAUCUCAGAUUCCCAUCUGCACACACCAAUGUAUUUCUUCCUCUCCAACUUAUCUUUUGUUGACAUUUGUUUCACCUCUACCACAAUCCCAAAGAUGCUGGUGAACAUUCAUACACACAACAAGGUCAUAACCUAUAAAGGCUGCAUCAUUCAGAUAUACUUUUUCAUACUCUUUGGAGUUAUGGACAACUUUCUCCUAACUGUGAUGGCCUAUGACCGCUUUGUGGCCAUAUGUCACCCCCUACAUUAUACAGUCAUCAUGAAUCCCAAGCUCUGUGGAUUGCUAGUUUUGGUGUCCUGGAUCACAAGUGCCCUGAACUCCUUGUUACAAAGUUUAAUGGUGCUGCGGCUGUCCUUCUGCACAGAACUGAAAGUCCCACACUUUUUCUGUGAAAUUAAUCAAGUUGUUCUACUUGCCUGUUCUGACACUUUUUCUAAUGACAUGGUAAUGUAUUUUGCAGCAGCGCUGCUGUUCUGUGGACCUCUCACUGGUAUCAUUUACUCUUACUCCAAGAUAGUUUCCUCCAUACAUGCAAUCUCAUCAGCUCAGGGGAAGUACAAAGCAUUUUCUACCUGUGCUUCUCACUUGUCUGUUGUCUGCUUAUUUUAUUGUACAUGCCUAGGUGUGUACUUUAGUUCGUCUGCUACACACAACUCACACUCCACUGCAACAGCCUCAGUGAUGUACAGCGUGGUCACACCCAUGUUGAAUCCCUUCAUCUACAGUCUGAGGAAUAAGGACCUAAUGGGAGCUCUGAGAAAACUCUUCAGAGGGAAGUCAUAA